AUGACUAAUUUGGCGUCAACCUUUUCAUCAUCGCCCUCUUGGACGGACAGUGUUGCUCAACGAGUCGCCGAAAAUAUGCCGCCGCAAAUUAAACAAGACAUAAACCGUUCGGGGUGGGAAACCACCGAUUUUCCCUCUGUGUGUGAACAAUGCCUGCCCGACAAUCCCUAUGUCCAAAUGCUCAAAGAAGAUUACGCCGCCGAAUGCAAGAUCUGUACCCGACCGAUGACGGUGUUUCGAUGGAAGGCCGAUCGAACUGCACGAACGAAAUCCACAAACAUAUGUUUAACGUGCGCUCGCCUCAAAAAUUGCUGCCAAUGUUGCAUGCUUGACCUGUCUUUUGGCCUUCCCAUCGUGGUGCGUGACGCUGCUCUGAAAAUGGUGGCGCCGGGGCCGCAAAGUUCAAUUAACCGGGAAUACUACGCCCAAGAGCACGAAAAAGAGUUGGAAGAAGGCCGUGGCGCUGUGGAAGAAUAUGAGAAAACUGACGAGAAAGCCCGGGAGCUGUUGCGGCGAUUAGCGAGAAGUGAGCCAUACUAUAAAAAACAGCGACGCUUGGAAGCUAGUGGGGAGACAGAAGACGCUGGCUCUACAGGCGAGAAAUCUGGGCAAAAGCAAAUAGGUUAUGGGCCCGGCCCCAUUCGAACUAACGAUAUGCGACGUGGCGGUGUACACAACGGCCGUGGAAGAGGGAAUGCGAAUCGUGGGCGAGGCGGGCGGUCGUUUCCAAGUGCUGCCCAACUCCCACCAAGCCCCCAAGACAUUCUACCCCCUGCAGACCCAAAAAUCACAUCACUAUUUCUUACCGGUGUCGAGGAUGAUCUUCCUGAACACGCUAUUCGAACAUUCUUCACCCCUUUCGGCACGAUUCGGUCCCUCAUCUGUUCGCAUCGAUCUCACUGCGCAUUUGUUAACUAUGCAACAAGAGAGGGUGCGGAAGCCGCCGCCGCUCAUUGUCAAGGGAAAGCUGUUAUUCAGGGGUGCCCACUCCGAGUGCAGUGGGGCAAACCGCGGCCUCUGGAUAAUAUGGAGCGAGAUGAGAGAAUGCAAUAUGCUCGACAAGGCCGACAAACCGCAACGGCUCUAAAAUCCGCUGCCAGUGAAGGAAGAGCUAUUGAAGGUGCGUUGACGAGUGAUACUGGACCGGCAGAGAAGACCGCCUAUGUACUUGCCCCUCCACCUGGAAAAGAGGAAGUGCAAUAUGCUAGUAUGGCCGGUGAUUAG